AUGUCUCGCAUGUGGGAAGUCGACCCGGAGACAAGGACAAAGGCCUCAGCCACAGCCACGCUGCAAGGAGAACUAACGUGCAACCCGAACCAGCUCCUCCAAAUCUCCAAAACCAACGGAAAUGACAGGUGCUGCGACUGCGGCGCACCAUCGCCUCAAUGGGUUCGCACACACCGCGGGCUCGGUGUGCACAUCUCCUUUGUCCGCUCGAUCACCAUGGACGCUUUCAAGCACGCCGAGAUCCAGCGCAUGGAAUUAGGAGGCAACGAGCCGUGGAAAGCAUUCUACGACGCGCACACCAUGACCAUUUCCGAAGGCCGCACAUUCGAAGACUCGACGAUCAAAGAGCGAUACGAGGGCGACGCAGGAGAAGAGUGGAAAGAGAGAUUGUCGUGUAAGGUCGAGGGCCGCGACUACGUGCCCGGUCAGGAGAAGAAGAAUAACACUGCUUCGCGAUCGACUACACCGCUGAGUCUGGGUGCUGGGGCGACGACGGGGACUCGGACAGGAUCACCUGCUGCGUCUUCGAUUCGAUCGCAGGAUAGCGCGCGGGGCCCGACGAAGAAGGAGCAGAAUGAGCAAUAUUUCUCGAAGCUCGGAUCUGAGAAUGCAGGGCGUUCGAAUGCGUUGCCGCCGUCGCAGGGGGGCAAGUUCACGGGGUUUGGGGGUGGAAUGCCUGCGCCUGCUGCUGGGGAUCGGAAGUCUUCACCUUUGGGGGGACUCGGUGGCUUCGGGGGCUUCGGAGGAAACCAGCCGUUUGAUGAGUUCCAGAAGGAUCCCAUGGGGACUUUGACGAAGGGGCUUGGGUGGUUUGCUUCGACUGUUGGCAAGAGUGCUAAGCAGGUCAAUGAUUCCUAUCUACAGCCUACGGCUAAGCAGCUUGCCGAGUCAGACUUCGCUGCUCAAGCUCGCGUGCAGGCUGCUAGCUGGGGCCAGAACCUGCAGACCGGUGUCCGUGGUGCCGCAGAUCAAUUCAACCGUUUCGUUGAAGGUGAAGAUGGCCGUCCUACGCGGUCUCGCGUUGACCCCGACCAUAGUGAUUUCUGGGAUGACUUCUCGUCUCUUGGUGACGAGCGCCAAGCUAAUGCCAAUGGAAACGGCAACGGCAACAGACACCAGCGCAGCGGAUCGCGAUCUGAUGUUAUUGGUACUGCCGCGAUGCGCAAGGGCCCUGCAUCUACGCCGCUGGCAAACUCUACCAUUCCUGUUGAGGCCAAUGCUACUUCUGGGAAAGAGGGGACAGAGACUGGUGCGGCCAUGGCCAAGGGCAAGGAUGACUGGGAUGACAACUGGUAG